CUCUCAUAUCAAGGCAUCUCCACACUCACUCAUCCCUUGGAGAAUCCGUACAGUAGACAAUUUGCUCAGCCUUCCAAUGGCAACCACCACCAUGUCCCUCUCCUCCUCGACCUUUGCCAGCAAGGCGGUGAAGAACGUGUCGUCAUCGGCUCUCUUCGGCGAGGCCCGCGUCACCAUGCGCAAAACUGCAGCGAAGGCAAAGCAGGUUUCCUCUGACAGCCCAUGGUACGGUGCCGACCGUGUGUUGUACCUCGGCCCACUCUCCGGUGAGCCCCCGAGCUACCUCACCGGUGAGUUCCCUGGCGAUUAUGGUUGGGACACUGCCGGACUUUCGGCUGACCCGGAGACCUUCUCCAAGAACCGGGAGCUGGAGGUGAUCCACUGUCGUUGGGCCAUGCUUGGGGCACUUGGUUGCGUCUUCCCUGAGUUGCUCGCCCGCAACGGCGUCAAGUUUGGCGAGGCCGUUUGGUUCAAGGCCGGCUCCCAGAUCUUUAGUGAGGGUGGUCUCGACUACCUCGGCAACCCCAGCCUUGUGCACGCGCAAAGCAUCCUAGCUAUUUGGGCAUGCCAAGUCGUGCUCAUGGGUGCCGUCGAGGGGUACCGGGUUGCCGGCGGCCCACUUGGCGAGAUCGUCGACCCACUAUACCCAGGAGGCAGCUUUGACCCUCUCGGCCUAGCCGAUGACCCCGAGGCAUUCGCCGAGCUCAAGGUGAAGGAGAUCAAGAACGGUCGCCUCGCCAUGUUCUCAAUGUUCGGCUUCUUUGUCCAAGCUAUCGUCACGGGCAAGGGACCACUUGAGAACCUCGCUGACCACAUCGCUGACCCCGUCAACAACAACGCCUGGGCGUUCGCCACCAACUUUGUCCCCGGCAACGUGUUUGCCGGCUCCCAGAUCUUUAGUGAGGGUGGUCUCGACUACCUCGGCAACCCCAGCCUUGUGCACGCGCAAAGCAUCCUAGCUAUUUGGGCAUGCCAGGUCGUGCUCAUGGGUGCCGUUGAAGGGUACCGCGUCGCCGGUGGCCCACUCGGCGAGAUCGUCGACCCACUAUACCCAGGAGGCAGCUUCGACCCUCUCGGCCUAGCCGACGACCCCGAGGCAUUUGCUGAGCUCAAGGUGAAGGAGAUCAAGAACGGCCGCCUCGCCAUGUUCUCAAUGUUCGGCUUCUUUGUCCAAGCUAUCGUCACGGGCAAGGGCCCACUUGAGAACCUCGCUGACCACAUUGCUGACCCCGUCAACAAUAACGCAUGGGCAUUCGCCACCAACUUUGUCCCCGGCAAGUAAGAUGUCUUGAAGAUUGUGCACGCCCCAAAGCGUAUUGGUGUGCAAUCUGAGUUGUACUACCAUGAUGUAAAUUACGAGAAUUUUGUGCAAAAGCAAUGCAAGAUUUUUCCGUCU